AUGAAAACCGCGCCACAAAAACAGCGACGAAAUGAGCGCGAGAGGAAUCGAGUCAACCAGGUGAACGUUGGCUUCAAUCGUUUACGAGAUCGAGUCCCAAAGCUGGCCGUAGCGCCGAACAAAAAGAUGAGCAAGGUGGAAACGCUACGCGAGGCGGUAAAAUACAUCCAGUACUUGCAAUGGUUGCUGCAGGCUGAAGGCGCUCAAGUGCCGCUGCCCUCACCCUCUCCGCCACCCCACGAAACGACUGCCUCGUCGAAUCAUGCAACCUAUGCGCAACAGCUUCCCUCAUCAGCUUCAUUUUUUCAAUCACAAGCCAACUUUUAUGGACAUCACUCUUUAAAAUCCGAGGAGUCUCCAACGUCGUCGAGUUAUUUCUCGGACAAUUCUUUCGAUGAAAACAAAUUUUUCUUAACAAUUAACGGUCAGAAU